CUAUAUUUUGAAGACAGUGGGAUGAGAUAACACGUUUAAGAUUUGAAAAGACAGUUUUAUUUUUCUAACAGGGAAAUUGGCUUAUGGAAUGAGCUUGUAUCAACACUAGUGGAGGCUGCAACAUUAAGAGGUGUCACUGUGAAGAAAAUGUGGAUCAUGCAGAAUUGGAUUAAGUAAGAAAUCAUAGACUGUAUAAUACAGUAAGAAAAUAUGGCAUUUUUAUGUCCUGUACGAAUACGUCGAGGAAAAAGAAAGAAAGAAGGAGACAAGCUUUCAUCUAGAACACCCAGUAUUGGUCGUAUCACUGGAAGUGCUAGCAUUGAAACUUUAGUCCGAGUUGGAAUAGAAAAAGAAAAUGGCUUGUCUCCAGACUCCAAGGUGGUUGUACUUCAUGACUUUACUCCUUGUGUUGAUGAUGAAUUAGAAGUCAGAAGAGGUCAGGUUGUAAAUGUACUUUACCAAGAAAAUGACUGGGUGUAUGUAAUAGCUGAGAACAGCCAGGAAGGCUUUAUUCCCCAUUCUUACUGUGCUCCAUAUGGUACACAACCAGCUGAUUUAGCUCUAAAUGUCAAACAUAAGAAACUUCCAAGGAAUGAAACUGAACACGAACUUGACCAAACAUCUUCGAGGGGGACUCUUUCAGGUGACAGUGGUGGACAGCAUUCUGAUGCAGAGAGUUUUGGUGGUGCACAUCAAGUAAAAAAAGGUGUAAGCAGCCUCGGACUGCAGAAUUCACAGUCAUCAUCUCAAGUGUCUUUGCCCAAUGUCCAUCCGUUUUUCAAGGACCCUGCAGGAAGGUUCAUUGUGUUAUAUACAUUCAUAGCUAGAGAUGAAAAUGAUGUAAGUGUUGAACGGGGUGAGCUUGUGACAGUUAUGAAUCGUGAAGAUCCAGAUUGGUUUUGGAUAGUUCGUUCUGAUGGUCAGGAAGGAUUUGUGCCAAGUGCUUUUGUUUAUCCUGCUGAUGCAAUUCAAGAGCACGUAGGACAACAAGUUGUGAACCCUGCAGAUCAGACACAUCCUACCCAGUCUUUAAAUAAUAACCACCAUCCACCUCCUGGAGCUCCUGAAGACCUCCGGUGUCAUGGCAGCGAGCUUGUUAUGUUGUAUGAUUAUAAGGCACAGGCUCCUGAUGACCUCAGUGUACGAAGGGGAGACUGGGUGUAUGCAGACUUGAAUAACCAGACAGUGGACGGUUGGUUAUGGGCUUAUGCUCCCAAGACAAGAAAGUAUGGUUUUAUCCCUAAAGCAUAUGCAAGGCCCCCGGCUAUGACAUCCUUAUAGUGAUGAUUAAGAACGCCGUUUAUACUCCUCAGGAGGUAUUUCUUUAAGUGUGCACACAUGAUGUGUAGCAGUUAAAGCUACUAGUAUGAAACCAUCGUUUCAAAUGUUAUUAAAAACCACAUAAAAUUUGAUAUUUCACUUUUAAUUAGGCAGGUAGAUGUAUAGCUUACUAUUUAAGUAAGAGCUUCAGUGUUUAUCAGGAAGUGGGAAGUACAAAAACUGUAUCAUACACAAACCUUUGUUGAAAUUCCAUGAUGCAUUUCAAUCUUUGGUUCCUCAAUGUUGUAAAAAUUACUUCCUAUACAGAUAUAGUUUUGGUGAUAUUUGUUAAAGGAACUAAGAUAAGACUUCCUGUUACAUCAACAAAAAUACAAUAAAGCAUGUAAAUAUGGUUACUUGGUAAACAGCUAUUAUAAGUAUUCAUUAGAUGGAAUUUAUACGUUUUCUUUCCACUAAAGAAUCUCAUCAGUUUCUGCUUUAGUAAUUUAGUUUGUCAUGAAGACUUUGAUUACACAGUUUGUAUUUUAUUAUACUGAAUGACAGACACCUCUAUUGCUACCAUGGUUCCUGUAUUAUUGUAUUGUUUAGUAGUUUACUGAAUUAAAAACUAACAAUUCAUUACUAUGAUGAUUUCUAUUCAGUAUCCAAGAAUAAUUUAAUAUAGAUUGAUCAAUUUUGGAUUAAAGCCUAUUCAUUGUAAAAACGUGCCAUUUUUAUUAAAUGUACACAUCUGAGAUAUUUGGUGUUGGGAUACUUCAUAUGAGGAUUACCUGAUUCCAAAAGUAUCCUCGAAACUACUUAGUAAUAACAUGUUUUCAUGCAAAAUUCGUGUGAUGUAGUGUGGAUAAAAUUACAAUCAUUUUCUAAAAAUGGGGGAAGAGUGCUUUUAUUUUGGCUGAAACAAUGUAUUUGGUAGAUUAUGCAGAGAUAUUAUGGUUUUGAUACAUUCUAAGUUGUACAGUGAAUUCAUAUAUUGUAGGUGUUGUACUUUCUUUGCUCAUAAGAAUAGUAUUGGUUAAAUACUCAACUUAUGAAACAAAUAUUAGUAUUAACUAGAAUAUGAUCCUCUGGUUUCAUUAUUAAGAAACUACAUGUAAUGUCAAAGUACAGAGUAUCCCUAAAUUAUUGAACUACUUUAUUAAUUGAAUAAAAUGAGAGCUCUAUAAGAUAUACAUUUGUAGUUUCAGUAUAAUAGAGAUUAACACAUCAGGUUUGCCCUUGGCCAGUAGUGUCAUUAGUACAUCUCUACAUUGACCCUUGUUUGUGGCUUGAAGGAUGUCCAGGCUGGAAUUGAUCUUUUAUUUUCACACAUGUAGGUGCAAGCAUCUCUGGAGUAAUAGUCACAGUUAUGUUGGUUAUUAAUGCUUGCAUUGUUGAUGUGUUUGGUACCUUUAUCUUAUAAUGUCCUUUACAUACCCUCCUCUAAACUAGUGGGAAAAACUUCAUAAGGCAAUCUCCCACAAACGACAACUCUUUAUCUGGUGUGGUUCUUACAUAUUUUUUUAAAGUUGAAAAAGUAGUUUAAUAAUUUUUGGACACCCUAUAUUUUAACUUAACACACACACACACAACUUUUGUUCCUUUGAUAGACCCGAGAUAUGGGUAAACUUUCGUAAUGAACUUACAGAAUGUUUAGUUUUUAAAAAUUUAACAGUCAGUGAUGUUUGUGAAUCGUAUUUUUUUUUUUUCAGCUAAUGUAUUAGGCCUGUAGUCAGGGGUGGAGUUGCAGUGAAAUCACAAAGAUAUUUGUUUUAACUAUAAAUAAAAACAAGAAAUUAUAAUUAGUACAUUUCCUUGUAUACAAACUCAGUCAUUCUGCUCUUCAAAAUAAAACUAUUGUAACACAGAAGUUGCCUAGGAGCUUUGCAAAUGUUUUUGUGUAAAAUAGUUUUGUAUUAUUCUCAGCAGAUAUUUUCCAGCACAGUGUAAAGAAAAGUAUCAGUACAAAAUUCCAUACACCUUACACAGACUUGAUAUUAAAGACUGUGCACUUUCACACAACUCUGGAUCUUUAGCGACCCAACUAUCACUAGUGAAAAAAAAUCUUACUAUUUAGAAGUUCUUUUUUUUUAUCUAAUGCUGAUUGUAUGAAAAAUAUAUAUCAUUUCUCACUUGUUUUCUUUUUACAACCAGCUUUACACAUCUCACACUGGAAGGUGGUAGGUAAUUUGGGUACAGCUUAACAUUGUAAUGUACAAACAUGAUCUGGCUUCAUUUUGGUGCUAACUAGACUUAUAGAUAUUAUUUUUUGUGAUAUCAACUAAAUAAUUAACUUAAGUUAAUUUCCAAUGAAGGAUGAAUUUAUUUAGAUCUUUCUUGAAACUUGUAUUUUUCACACUCAGAUAUGAGCAGAGUAACUUGUUAUAGUACUAUUUGAUAUAUAUAUAUUUGUAAAUUAUACUUUUAUAGUAAAUCCAGUUAGUUGGAACUCAAAACUGAAUGUCAUAACUUACAAGCCAUAUUUUGCAGAUUUUAAUUAUGUAAUGAACUUUUGUGGUUUUUAACUUAAAGUAGUGCUUGUUUUUGAGAAAACCUUGUGUUGCAACUUGUAGUGAAUGCUUGAACCUAAAUGUUGUAAUAGUGAUUUAAGUAAAAAAAAAAACGGUGAUCUUAUGGACUAAGUUUAAACUAAUAAUUAUUAUGAGUGAUUAAUGAAGUGUAAAGAUUUUAAAGUUUUAUUAUAAUUCUUGUAAUACACCUUUUAGGAACAGAAUUACGUUUUAUUGUGAUGGGUUUUGACAAACCUGGAAACAAAAACUGUAUCAUAUUUUUCUGUUUAUGCUAAAACCAUAAAUAAGUUACAGCUUAGAAGUAGAUUGCUUCUAAUCAAACACUGAAAUAUAUUAGACAUAACUUUAACUUGUUGAUGAUUAUACAUAUAGCUUGCUAUUGUUUUAUCUUUAAUUGAAAAGGUUGGUUAUGUUAUAUGGUCUAGUUUUUCCAUAAUCAUUUUAUGUAAACACUUAAACUAUAACAUUCCACACUUUUACCUUAUGUAUACAUACAUGUAUAUAUUUUUUCUGGUCAUGCUCUUUCUAGUUAUUGUGAAUCUUCACUAUAGCUCUGUAGUGUAGUUUCCAUUGCAAAAAGCUGCAUCACAGGGCUGUCAUGUCCAAAGAACACCCCUUUUCCCUGCUGCAUUCCAUUAUCUAAUGUAGGACGAUGACAAUUUCCCAAUGCAUGUUUCAACAGUCUAAUCACACAGAAAUCCAUAGGUGUAUGCCCAUUUGGCCAAUAUGUCUUUGUAUAGAAUAGCAUUAAUACCUAUUUCAGUCCCCAGCAAUUGAAUGGAUUUGUCAUGGAAGCAACUUGUGUCACUUUUCCAGAUUGAGAUCUUUCUUCAUUAUGUUGCAUUCUGUUUUCUGGGAUAUCUGGAUGGAUUUUACCAUCAACCUUUGCAUUAAUGGAUUCUCAUCUGUUACAAGACACCACACUUCGUUUCCCAUGGCUAGAAAAUGACCUGUUGCAGAUCUCUUUCUGGAUGGCCUUGGUGUCCAAAGUUGAUCUAUAUGCCUUUGUCUUCAAAAACCAUUAAAUACAAAAGAUAUUCCCCAUUUUGUAAGUUCUAAGUUUCUAAUAUUAACACAUCUUUAUGAUCUGAGUGUAUGAAUAUCUUGUAUUAGAAAGAGCUGUAACAUAUCCUUCCAAAAAACAGUCAAUUUUCAAUGGCAUCACACUUUAUGAAAUGCCAAACAAUAUAAAAAAUGUAAUUCUGAUACAUAUCAUUCCCUUGUGAUAUUAUAUCUGCGGUGAUUGUUAUUUGACUUGCUGAUUUGUGUAUUCAAAAAUGUUUUAAUAUAAUGUACCUCAACUCUCUGUAUUUUGGGGCAAUUUGAAACUUCUGAAUAGGAACUAGGUUUAAAAAGUUCAGAAUUCUGUCAUUAAUCACAAACAUUUGAUGAAUCAAUUCAUUUUCUAUUAUAUAGAAAUUUGUUAUGAUUUGAUAUUUUAAGCAUUAAUAAUUUGCUGAAUUUCCUUAGUUAGAAAACAAGAUAAUUAUUUAUUAGACAAAGAAAGUGCCUUUGUUUUAUAUGUUGUUGGUUUAUAGUUUCUGUGUAUUCCAUUUUAUAUAGCACUAUAAAAGACUGUUGAACCAAUGUAAGAAAGCAAUGGCCACAGUAAUAUACUUUUUUUUACGUCUGUCACUGAAGGUGAUGGAAGUUAUGUUUUCACCCCUGUGUGUGUGUCAUCAAGAUUUCUCAAAUGGCUGAAUGGAUUUGGACAAAAGUUGGUAUACAUUUGGAAUAUGUCCCAACCUAGAAAUGAUUAGUUUUUGGAUUGUUAAAGUCAUAGUCACAGCAAAAGUCACAAAAAUUCAAAAAAAUCCCUAUUUGUUAACAUGGGGACCAAUUUUUCACACUAUUUUUGCUCUGUAACUCAGCCAAAAAUGAUUGGAUUUUGAUAAAACUUGGUGGACAUAUGUAAAAUAUUAUUCUUCAACUUCCUGCCAAAUAUGGUCCACAUCCGUUAAUAACAACAGAUGUACAGACACAUGUUCGUAUUUUUUUAGAACUGAAUAUGAUUAAUGCCGUGUGGCGAAGGUAUAUACACUACUGAGUGCCCCUUUUUAAAAUUAAGUUGAAUUUUUUGUUAGCUGUGGGUAAAUGUGUGUGGAUAAGAAAUUAUGAAUGAUGAAAACAGGCCUAAUAUAUAUAUAUAUAUAUACACACACACACACACACACACACACACACACA